UUAAGGAAGUAGUUAGCAUCCCAAUACAACAACGCUGCACCUCUGCACUGUCACAUUUCUUACAUAUCAUUACUCACCUAACCUGAGAGAAACAAAGAGUUUAUCAGCUGUUAGUGGAGCAGGAAUGGACGACAGUAACAGAGUGUCCUGCGUGCUCUGUCAACGCAGCGAAGAGACGAAGAUAACCGGAGCGUUAUCGACUAAAGACGAUGUCACGGCUCACCAGAACUGUUUGUUAUUUUCCUCUGGCAUUUAUUGCCGUAACACCCCACAGUUUGACGAUCUGUUUGGUUUCUCUGUGGAGGAUGUGUUGAUUGAGGUGAAACGAGGAAGCAAACUGAUGUGUAGCAAAUGUAAGAUGAAGGGUGCCACUGCGGGGUGUGAAGUCAAACGCUGCAAGAAGUCCUACCACUACCCGUGUGCUGUGCAAGACAGAGCGAAGGUUGUUGAGGAUACAGAAGAGGGGAAAUAUGGGCUGUACUGCACCAAACACGAUCAACAAACUCAAAAAAACAACGGCUCUGUAAACGGACGUCCCUCCUCCUUCAAUGAAUCACCCACUUCCAAAAGUCAGAGUGAAGCGGGACCAUCUAAGAGGAACUCCAGCGCAGCUGGACGACCGUCUGUGCACAGCAGUGACUCCAACUCAUCCAGCAGUGGGACCCCUUCAUGUUCCAAGAGGCCGUUGGAUUGCAGCGACAAACAGGAAGGGACCCCGUCCAAACGUAAAGCCUGGAAUGUGUUCUUAACAGAUGAUUCUUCAAAUUCAGGUGACAAUGAACCUGAUUCAGAAAUGGCUAUAUAUGCCCCUAUAGAGACGGAUAUAGACGAAAGUGCAAACUCUGUUCCAGAAGCCCUAUUCACCAGGUAA